GAUUUUGCACGCUAGGGGGCAGAACUACGUGGUUUAGCAAGAUGUCCGGAGGAAUCGUUUCGUCAAGAGCACCAACGCCAAGAACAGGCCAUGUAGCAAUUGCAUAUGAUCACUACAUGUUCGUUUGGGGUGGCUACCAAAAUGAACUCACGGAAAGAUACUUAUCACCAGAUGAACUGUGGAUAUAUGAUUCUUACUUGGAUAGCUGGCAAUUGAGAAUCCUAGAACCAGAAGAAGACACUUCAAUUAACUGCCCGCCAGGUACAUCUGGAGCAUCAGCUGUGUUAAAAGGAGAUGCAGUAUACUUGUUUGGUGGCCACUGUUAUGCUGGAAACACAAAUGAACUGUAUAGACUUAAUCUUCAGGAAUUUUGCUGGGAGUAUGUCCAUUCAUACAGUUUAAAGCCAAGCCCAAGAGAUAAAUUAUCUAUGUGGGAGUAUGGAAACAGCUUGUAUGUGUUUGGUGGCUUUGGUCCUCCUCUAGAAGGUUAUCUAAAGGAACAUGGAAUCUGGAUUCCAGAUGAAUCCUCAUCUUCCUACAGAGGUUGGAACAACCAACUACUGGUUUUCGACCUGAAAACACGAAUGUGGUCAAAUCCUAAAUGUAGUGGUCCAGUGCCAUCACCAAGAGCAGCUCACGCUGCUACAAGAGUGGGGAACAAAGUGUAUUUGUUUGGAGGAAGGCACUGUAGUCAGAGACUGAAUGAUUUGCAUUGCCUUAAUUUAGACACAAUGACUUGGUCAGGAAGCCUCCAUACUGGUGGUAGUAUUCCAGUUGGGAGAUCCUGGCACACUUUUAGUGCUGUUUCCAGUACUGAAAUAUUCCUGUAUGGUGGAUUCACCCAGGAUAAUGAUACCUUAUGUGAUGGAUGGGUACUAAAUGUGGACAAACUAAUGUGGCAGCAGCUAAAUUUUACAAAAAAAGAAAGACGUUUAUGGCAUUCAACAUGUGUUACAAAUCAGAACGAUGUCCUGAUUUUUGGAGGAUGCUGUAACAAUAUUCUGAGUGAUGAUGAACCUAGUUUGUUAACAAAUAGCUUGCUGGUAUUCAGGCUCACACCUAAGUCCCUUUUUAGACUUUCACUUGAUGCCACAUUCAAAUACAGGGCACAGUUGUAUUGUGAAUGGACCUCUUUGCCAAAACCAAUAUUUGAACUGCUUGAGGCGAAAGCAAGUGCCAAAGAUGACUCUACACAAAAAUAUGACAGACAGCAGGGACAUGGUGUCUGUGUCUUAUCUUGACCACCUGGUACUUGCAGCAGCCUCUACUGGAGAAAUAAAUCUUUGAAAGUCCUUCUGAAAGUGUGUGAAAGUUGUUGAUAUUUGAGUUAAAACCAUUUUGAUGAGAGAGUUUUCUAUCUGGAUCACACAAAUAAGAUUUACUGUGUAUUAAGAUGAUGGAUUGAAACAAUUUGCAUACAUGUUUGUUUGUUAAUACUAUUAUUACUAACCAUUAUUUAAGACUGUGAUUAAAGCAAGAAGAAAAAAUAGAAGUGCAGUAUACUUCAGUAGUGAGAGACUUGUUUGUGGGAAUAUGUAACCAGUGAAAUAGAAAAGCACCCUUUUAGAGUCACUGUUGUAACUUCAUACAACAUAUAAUGUACAUGAACAAUACGUAAUACUAUGUAAAAAAUGAAACAUUUACAUUUGUUAAAUGCUUGGCAUGAUGUACAUGUAAAUCUUGUAUAAUAUACACUAGUGUUGAAAUAUCUGUACAACACUGGUAUUAAAUAAAAUGUAAUUAUCAGAACAAAAUUGUGAACUAAAUAGUUGGUAAGAAACUAUGAAAGACGUACUGAGUAAUCACAAUAACUGCUGAAAAGUCAACCAUGUUUGUGGAUUCACAUUAAGAUGCCAGUCUAAACUAGUCAAAGUCAAGAACAAUGUUUUAGUCAUCUACUUUCUACUGUACAUGUAGUCAUGUAAAUCAAUAAAUGGGUUUACAUUC